AUGUCCAACAUUGUUGGUUUGUAUUACCUCAUCAAGUGCUUACAAAAUCGGCUUUCGAAUGAUCAACUCGCUCCUCACGCCAUCCUGCAAUACCUUCUGCUACACUCUCAUAUAGAACCACCAACCGAUUACGUCGCACUUAUACCAGUACCUCAAUGGAUUGAAUCGAACCCUUCAUAUCCUGGAGGAUGCUGCAAGAGACAACUGUGGAGUUUUGGCAGCCAUAAGUUGCACGACUACUCUAUCAUGGUUGGCAUGAGCCACCAUGACUGUCAAGACGGCUUUACCAGUACCGCAGCCCUCAUUAGGCUGUGUCACGAAUGGGUUAUCGCUAUUGGGGCGGAGAUUGGCCGGAUCAUAACAAUUCUCACUACCUUUCUUGGACUGUGUCAAUAA